AUGCCGAACUCACGGAGACUCCUGCUGGCCGGCUUCGGCCUGCUCGCGCUGGUUUCGGGCCUCACAGACGACAACGUCGGCUACGAAUUUUGCGAAGGCGAUGGAUCGAUCUGCGAAGCAUUUGACGGCCUCGAUCGCACUUGCAAUGAAAAGACCGGCAAGGCGUAUUACAAAUGCACCUGCGAGUCGGGAUUAGUUCCCGUCAGUAACGCAUGUGACAACUGCCAAGACUAUUUUGGAGACAUCACCUUCGAUCUAGACGACUACUACUCAUCCAUCUGUGCAAGCGACGGUUAUACCAUCGCUCCGAUGCCUUCAAGUAUCUUGUCGUCGCAAAAGGCACGCAACAAGACGAUGGAGGUCCCAGAGUAUACGCAAACGAGCACCUUCAUCAACACCUUUACCGCAACACCUGGAUUUGUCUCACCUUACACCACAACACUUCCUGCGCUGUCAUCCAUCACUCUACCAGCAUUGGCAUCGGCAACUGAACCUAGUUCCAACGGCUGUGAUCAAAGCAAUCCACACCACAUAGCCGCUAUUUGUGUUGCAUUUGUAGCUGGGUUGAUGUAUCAUCUAUGA